AACCACAGUUCCUAAUUCCUGGCAGCUCCUGAGGUCAGGGGAAAAGCAGAGCCAGUGUGGGGACUUAGGAAGAGGCACCCCACACUGGAGUUUGUACCUUGUAUGUGGUGUGCUGCCUAAGAGAAACAGGAACCUGUGACUGCCACCUCAACACCCGAAACAAUGGCCAGCGGGGAAGAUGAGCCAAGAAAUUGUGUCGUGUGUGGGGACCGAGCCACAGGCUAUCAUUUCCAUGCCCUGACUUGUGAAGGCUGCAAGGGUUUCUUUAGACGAACAGUCAGCAAGAGCACUAGUCCCAUCUGCCCCUUUGCUGGAAGCUGUGAGGUCAGCAAGGCCCAGAGGCGCCACUGCCCAGCCUGCAGGUUGCAGAAAUGUCUAAAUGUUGGCAUGAGGAAAGACAUGAUCCUAUCGGCUGAAGCCCUGGCCCUGCGGCGGGCAAGACAGGCACAGCGGCGAGCGCAACAGGCAUCCACGCAACUGAGUAAGCAGCAGAAAGAACUGGUCCAGGUCCUGCUGGGGGCCCACACCCGCCACAUGGGCACCAUGUUUGACCACUUUGUGCAGCUCAGGCCUCCGGCUUACCUGUUCACCCACCACCGGCCCUUUCCCCCUCUGGUCCCUGUGCUGCCUCUGCUGGCACACUUUGCAGAUAUCAACACCUUCAUGGUUCAGCAAAUUAUCAAGUUCACCAAGGAACUGCCUCUUUUCCGUUCCCUGCCCAUGGAGGACCAAAUCUCCCUUCUCAAAGGAGCAGCUGUGGAAAUAUGUCACAUCGCACUCAAUACCACUUUCUGUCUCCAAACACAAAACUUCCUCUGUGGACCGCUCUGUUACACAAUAGAAGACGCUGCCCAUGCAGGGUUCCAGGAAGAGUUUUUGGAGUUGCUCUUCCGCUUUCAUGGGACCCUGAAACGACUGCAGCUUCAGCAGCCUGAGUACGUGCUAAUGGCUGCCAUGGCUCUCUUCUCUCCUGACCGACCCGGGGUCACCCAGAGGGCAGAGAUUGAUCAGCUGCAAGAGGAGAUGGCACUGAUUCUGGACAACUACAUCAAGGAACAUCAACCAAGGCCCCAAAAUCGAUUUCUGUAUGCAAAGCUGAUGGGUCUGCUGGCUGAGCUCCGGAGCAUUAACAAUGCAUACUGGUAUCAGAUCCAACGCAUCCAGGGACUGUCUGCUAUGAUGCCACUGCUCGAAGAGAUAUGCAGCUGA